AUUCACUUUUUGAAUAAUUAUUUUAUUGGUUAUUGCAUUGAAUAUAAUAUUUAUAGUGAAAAUAUAAUCAUUGCUUUUAUUUUUGCUGCUGUUGGAGAGCAAGGACAUUUUGCGAUAUUUUUGAGAAAAUAAGCUAAGGACUGAGAACCCAGUUAUUUAGGGUUCAAACCCUGAAAGGGUAGAACCCUGGAGUUGUUUUUUUUAAAUAGUUUUUCCCUCCUCCCCAUAAAGCAAUGGUGUAAACAGCUAAAGCAAUAUUUAACAUGUUGACCAAAGAGGAAGCCUAAAGAAAUGUCUGUGCUCUGCAGUGCAUCAAAGCUUGACCACCAGGCUGAUUAAUAAGAAAAUAUCAAGGCUAUGUUUGAAGUUAUAUAGACAUAGUAAUCAAUAGAAAAUACUUCUUGUAAAGUUCCUCUACAUUAUUUGAGAUGCUGUUGUGAGAAGUCAUGGAGGUAUGAGUUGUAAUGUCAGAAUAAUGUGGCUUUAGCGUUUAGAUAAAGUUUGCACGCUCAUCACCAGCAGAUGUCGCUCUUCAGACCCCGGCCGGCCGCAAGCAAAGGACAAUACACAGGGAUGAAUAAUAGUCCAGAUUCUGGGAAAAAAAAUGGGAAUCUGGAAGUUGGCUUGAAAUGGAAAAUGAUUAUUCGGCACUCAAUUUACGCAUGACUAAGGCUGCGGGCGGUGAGAUUUGACGCAGCACUGUGGGGAUGCCCAUCCAUCCGCACAGCGCGUGUCUGCGCCUAGGUUGCACACCACAUCACCAUCACAUCACCAUCACCAUCAUCAUCAUCAUCAUCACCCUGAACCCCGAGGAGGAGCGCAGCGGAGAGGAGAGGAGAGCGGCUGGUCUCCGACAUGGCGAAAGAAGGAGCAGAUAUGACGGAGGAAACCGAGUUCAUGAUCGACACAACCGUGGGGAAAGAAGCCGAAAACGUGGAGCCGUCGUCCGGCGGUGUCAAAGAAAUGCGAGCGGUGGUACUGGCGGGUUUCGGAGGGCUCAACAAACUCAGGGUGAGCAGGAAGACGAUGCCCGAGCCCCAGGAGGGCGAAGUGAAGAUCCGCGUCAAAGCAUGUGGCUUGAAUUUCCUGGAUCUGAUGGUGCGUCAGGGGACCAUUGAUAAUCCUCCAAAACCUCCUCUUGUACCUGGCUUUGAAUGCUCUGGAAUAGUGGAGUCGGUGGGUGAAAACACAAAGGGAUUUGAGAUAGGCGACCGAGUCAUGGCUUUUGUGAACUACAAUGCCUGGGCUGAGGUGGUUUGCACACCUGUGGAUUUUGUCUACAUGAUGCCAGAUGAAAUGUCUUUUUCUGAGGCUGCAGCGUUCUCCCUGAACUUCGUGGCUGCCUACAUGAUGCUCUUCGAGGUAGCCAAUUUGCGAGAGGGGAUGUCGGUGUUGGUGCACUCAGCAGGAGGUGGUGUAGGUCAAGCUGUGGCUCAGCUGUGCUCCACUGUUCCUAAUGUCACCGUGUUCGGGAUCGCCUCAUGUUUCAAACACGCAGCCAUCAAAGACUCCGUGACUCACCUGUUUGACAGAAAUGUCGAUUAUGUACAAGAAGUCAAAAAGAUUUCUCCAGAGGGAGUCGACAUCUUGUUGGACUGCCUGUGUGGGGAGAAUACAGGGAAAGGGCUGAGUCUGUUGAAGCCACUGGGAAAUUAUAUCCUUUAUGGCGCGUCAAACAUGGUAACUGGGGAAACAAAGAGUUUCUUCAGCUUUGCAAAAUCUUGGUGGCAGGUGGAGAAGGUGAACCCUAUUAAACUAUACGAGGAGAACAAAGUCAUAGCCGGAUUCUCACUCCUCAACCUUCUCUUCAAACAAGGGAGAUGUAGUCUUGUGAGAUCAGUGAUGGACAAACUCUUGUGCCUCUAUGACCAAAAGAAGAUCAAGCCGGUAGUGGACUCCCUGUGGGCACUGGAGGAGGUAAAAGAGGCCAUGCAGAGAAUUCAUGACCGAGGGAACAUAGGAAAACUCAUUCUGGAUGUCGAGAAGUGUCCCACCCCUCUGAUGGCUAGCGACAGCACAGAGACCAGUGAAGCAGGAGAGGAAGAAGAGGAGCCCGAGGGAGACAACGACAGCAAGGAGCGAAUGCCUUUCAUCCAUUAGGCCCAACUAACCUCUCGGCAACACACGCCUGGAGACUGGAGAGGCUGCACACAGUCACCACAGAGGAACAUGACCACACGCACCAGUGUUGUACAAUAUCUGAUGUAUGCAUGAAUUAUGUAUGUACAGUGUAUGUAUGUAUGUAUGUAUGUAUGUAUGUAUGUGCCUCUUGUCUGUUUCCUAUUGCUUGUCAGUCGAUUGGUCAAAGAUUUUUGGGUGAAUGAAAAUGAAUAACAUGCACAUCACAUUCUUUACAGUAUCAUUUAGUGACUGUACAUUUACAGUUAACUUCAUCCGCCAGCAGUUUAUUGUGUUAACAACAGCCUGAAAAACAUUUAAACCAGCUGAUCUGUUCGUAUUGUUUUAUGAUUAGAACCUAUAGAAUUAGAUUUCGGAAAAACUCGCAAGUUUUAACGUGUCUAAACAUUUCACAAGAUAGGAGAGCACUUAAUUUAAUUCUCACCUGUCCUCAGGGAUGACGGAUGGAAAAUUUGAACUAUUGACAUACGUUUGAGAAAAAGACCCCAAUGUUUCGAUGCUUCUGACCUAGAGAGUGAAUCACUCUUGUGUUAAAAUGGUAACGUGUAAACCAGGGCAGGUAGAAAACUGUCUGUAGAUAUUUGCAUGAUAUUUCAUUCUUUAUUCCAGCCUUGUAGUGUUAUGGGAUCACCAGUGCCUUUGAGCUAUAGAGAAGUGUUUGAUACUUGAAAUGCUUUCCUCGCAUUAAGUUCAUAUUGAACAAAUUAACAAAAAAGGUAUUUUUAACUGGAAUGUGAAAACGGAUGCAAAAAUUCUUCCUCGUCUAAACUACGUAUUUACAACUUUUACUCAAAUACAUAAUAUACAACAUCAUGCAUUGUAACAUUUAUCUUUGGGUCACUGGGGUGACAGAACAAAUGAUACAUUUCAAGACAGAUUAUAUUUAUAAAUGCAAGAGAAACUAUGAGAAAUUUGUAAAUUCUGGAUCAUGAUACGGUCAGACAGCAGUGCAAGUCUCUGCUUUUCCUAUCCGACCAAAGUUGUUUACUUGCUGGUGCCUCGCAACAUAAGUGCCAUAGGACUCCCAAGAUAUAAACGCAGGGUGAUUUAGGUUUGAACAGCAUUGUUUAUUACUUUGUUUAAGUGGGAUUCCCUCUACUCUGCAUCUGCGAGUUGCUAAUGAAAGCAGUACAAGGAUCAAAUGGUUGCCACACACUCGCACUCAUCUAAUCAGUUGAUUGAUUUUUGUUUUCAAUUCAUCAAAGUGAAAAAAACUGCAUUGUAUGAGGUUCUCACCAUUUAUUAGCCAUUGCUUAUUAGGUGUGUUUUAUAUUGGCUGGUCAUUUGAAUUGUUUAUUACUUCCCAGAGAACAUAUCAAAAGAGUCGAUAAAACAAGUCGAUGCUUUGUAAUAGUUGCAUUUUUAAGAAAUUAAAAAUGUAUCAGCUUAGCCACAGCAAAACUAACAGGAGCUAAUAUGAGAAAAACCCUACAUUUAUUUGAAGCUGAAUGAUAAACAGUGGAGAGACAGUUAGAGGGUGAACUCGUGAGGAAAUUGAUAAUUUUAGAAAUGUAUUUCUAGACAUGGAAAUACAGACAAAGAUACGUAGACACUAGAAAAUACAUCUCAGUUUGGAUGCCUUCAAUGUCAGGUGUGUGUGUGUGUGUGUUUGUGAGAGAAAGAGUACAUGUGAUUGAGUGUGUGUAUUCAGAUGACCUUGUAAAAAGAAAACAAGAAAAACAUGUUUAGUAUUGUAGUAUAUGCCCACAAUUCUUUGUGAAGUAUGGUUUACCUGUGGUCAUGUACUUUUUUUCUGUUGUGUACGUUCUUUGAGCACAGCUCUGUUUACUUGAAUAAAUUUAUCUGCAAAGGA